AGAGGAACAGAAGGAGUGUUAAUUAGUAGCACCUAGUUUAGAUUCAUAUCGAUCUACGAAUUAAUGGCGACUCUGCAAAAAUUCAAGCUACUAGGCACGCAGUGCACGAUAGCAGGAAGUCCGGGGAGGAGCCCGAGUGCAAGUCCUGUCAUCCACAUCCGCCGACAUAAAACUCUCCACAUGCUUCUCAACCGUUCGUCUGGUUCAGAGCGCCACCGAUUCGGCCAUUGCGAUGACCGAGAGAAGGUUGCGGAUCAGUCUCCAAAAAAAACCGCUGCUACUGAAACCAAUAACAAGAAGGGCGACAGUAAGAGAGAAGGAAAGGGGAGAAGGAAAUUGAAGGAGCUUUUUGUGUCUUCGCCGCCUUUUGAAGAGAUGGAGAGUAAAGAGUGGAGUGGAUGAUAGUGAAGGGUUGUUACCAGCUCCGAGGAGCGUUUGAUUCUAAUUUUUGUAGCUCAUUUGUGUAAUUUUCAAUUUUGUUUUUUAUUCGACCUUCCUUCUAGCUUUUCUUUUAAUUGUAGGUCAACCCUCCCGCCAGUUUCAAACGCCAAGUCACCGAUAAUCUUCAGAAGUAGAUGGUUUUUUGAGUCUUUCAGAUAGUGCCUUUUUCUUUUUCCUGUUUGUUUUUGGGAAGAAAAGAAGAAUAAGAGAGAGAAAUUUUGGAUCUUGUGUUUCUGGAUUUUUCAAGAUGAAUGAAAAUGGAAAAUCUUA